AUGUAUUUAUUGGGUACAUGGGAAGGGGAAGGUAUUAGAGAAAGCCGCCUGCCCGAGGCCGCCGCCGGCCAUGUGGGAUUUCUCGAAGGCCCUGAUCCUGGUUCUCACCCUGGCCCUGAUCAGACAGAACAUGCACCAUACCUUCAGAAGUUAGUGCCUGUUUAG